CAGAGGUUUACAAGAAAAACUCUUUCUCAGCUCUCAAAAAACACAAAGACGUACACAGAAAGAAAAACAUCCACUGAUGAUGGGUUGUUUUUGUAGGUUAACGACGUUGUUGGUUGUGUUUUUGAUGGUGGUGAGUUUUGGUUCAGGGCAAGAGCAAGGUGGUGGUGGCGGCGGUGGGAGUCCGGCAAGAGAGAUGGUGCCCGCCAUGUUCGUGUUCGGAGACUCUCUGAUUGACAAUGGCAAUAACAACGACCUUCCUUCCUUUGCCAAGGCCAACUAUUUCCCUUACGGCAUUGACUUCAACGCUGGCCCUACCGGCCGUUUCUCCAACGGCUACACCAUGGUUGAUGAAAUUGCUGAAUUACUUGGACUUCCUUUGCUUCCUGCAUACUCUGAAGCUUCAGGUGAACAACUGCUUCACGGAGUCAACUAUGCCUCCGCGGCCGCCGGAAUCCUCGAUAUCACCGGCAGAAACUUUGUGGGUCGCAUACCGUUCGAUCAGCAGAUCAGAAACUUCCAGAGCACACUGGAUCAGCUAACGAACACUCUUGGCGCUGAUGAUGUGGCCCGGGCGAUCCGACGGUGCAUAUUUUUCGUUGGGAUGGGUAGCAAUGACUACCUAAACAAUUACCUCAUGCCCAAUUACCCGACCCGGAAUCAAUACAACGGUCAGCAAUUUGCUGCCCUCUUGGUCCAACGCUACACCCUGCAACUCACCAGACUUUACAGUCUUGGAGCUCGGAAAUUUGUCAUUUCGGGGGUUGGGCAAAUGGGCUGCAUUCCUAGCAUCUUGGCCCAAAGCCCAACAGGAAGUUGCUCAGAAGAAGUCAACCUUCUCGUUCAACCUUUCAACGCAAAUGUGAAGACAAUGAUAAGCAACCUCAGCGCCAAUCUUCCUGCUUCCACAUUCACUUACGUUGACGUUGCCCAUAUGUUUUCCGACAUCGCCACCAACGCUAGAUCUUACGGAUUUACUGUUGUGAACCGAGGAUGCUGUGGGAUCGGGAGAAACAGAGGGCAGAUAACGUGUCUUCCGUUCCAGACGCCAUGCUCGAACCGAGACGAGUAUAUUUUCUGGGACGCUUUCCACCCGACAGAAAAAGUGAACAUUAUAAUGGCGAGGAAGGCAUUUAGUGGAGACCAGAGCUUUAUUUCUCCGAUGAAUAUAGAGCAGCUUGCAAAUCUAGCUAUUGAGAUUAAUUAGCGUGCGUUUGAAAAGAUUGCAACUACUACUAGAUCAUGUAUGCAAUUCUUAAUCAUAAAUGCGUCUAUAUAGUUUCCCAUUUUCGUCGGUCCAUUUGAGCGCUGUGUGUAGUAGAACUAUAUAUAUGUACGUUUAAAACAAAUCAAAGAACAGUGUAUGUGUGGGCUUAAUUACUGCUAUGAAAUUCCAGCUACUUUGAUUUGGAUUUUACAGUA